ACCUUUUGGCGCAGCUAAUCUGACGUAGUUAUGUGUCUGGGUGAGCCGAAUGCAUGUGUACCAGCAGCUCAGCCUACAUAGGGGAGGUAACGAGUGAAAGGUAUCAGACAAACAACUAUUAGUGUUGGAGGUCAGAAGAAAGACAGUCGGUGCAAAUGCACGCUUCGAAAAAGUCCAUAUCAGGGUUAUUUGGCUUUAAACGAGUUGGCAUAGAAGUUUAUAGGGAUAGAUGAUAUAUUUUCUAAGACUAGAAAUGGAAAACAGUAUGACAUAGUGACAAGAUCGGAUACAUUUUGCUGGCUGAUUUUGGCCCUCAUUAAGCUAUCGCACACAUUUCAUUUUGAGUGUGGCUUGGGAGUUGUCGCUAUAUCUAAUCAACAAUAUUAAUUCGUCUGGGGGAACUGUAAUAUGAAAAAAGAGGUGUCUGACACAUUAGGUUUUGUCCCUCAAAAAGACAUUGUUUACAACAAACUUCUGCCUUAUGCAGACAAAUUAGAUGGAGAGUCAAACGAGUUUCUCGCCAGAAUCAAGGAAAACUUGGGACGAGCUGUUUAUCUUAGGGAAAUAUGGCCGGGUGUAUUGUUUUGGACAAGAAAACUUUCUACAUACCUCCGGCUGUACGGCAGGAAGUUCAGCAAAGAGGACCAUGUGCUCUUCAUCAAGCUGCUGUACGAGCUGGUCACCAUCCCCAGGCUGGAGAUCAGCAUGAUGCAGGGGUUCGCCCGCCUCCUCAUCAACCUGCUCAAGAAGAAAGACCUGCUCUCAAGAGAGGAUUUGGAGUUGCCGUGGCAACCUUUGUACGAGCUUCAUGAGAGGAUCCUCUAUUCCAAAACGGAACACCUGGGCCUUAACUGGUUCCCCAGUUCUCUGCGGCCACGUUCUACCUCUAGACAUAUAUUGGUUAAGCUUGCCCAGAGGUGUUCUGUGGAUGCUCUGCUGAAAGCCCUGGUGAAGAACUGCAGGCCGUACUUCCCUGAGUCGGCCACCCAGGAGAUGCUGGAGGAGUGGCGUCCGCUGCUGUGCCCGUUUGACGUCACCAUGCAGCGAGCCAUCGGCUACUUCGAGCUCUUCCUGCCCACCACGCUGCCCCCGGAGCUUCACCACAAGGGCUUCAAACUGUGGUUCGAUGAGCUGAUGGGCCUGUGGGUGUCGGUGCAGAAUCUCCCCAGCUGGGAAGUGAGUCUUGUAAACCUUUUUGCCCGCCUAGCCAACGACAACAUCGGCUACGUAGACUGGGACCCUUAUAUACCGAAGAUCUUCACCAGGAUCCUGCGAAGCUUGAACCUUCCAGUCGGCAGCAGUCAGAUAAUGGUGUCCAGAUUCGUGACGAACGCUUAUGACAUCACCCAUGUGGUCAUCUGGAUCGCAGCUCUGCUGGGAGGGCCCAGCAAAAAGGCCCAGACUCAGCUGACGGGCCUCUUCAACAGCAUCAGCUCCUUCCUCCACCCCUCUAACCACGGACGCUGGCUGAUGAAGCUGAUGAAGCUGCUGCAGCGUCUCCCGGCGUGUGUGGUCCGCCGGCUUCACCGCGAGCGCCACCGCAGCCCCACAUGGCUGUCGCCGGUGCCCGAGAACCACCGUCUGAGCGAGCAGGACAUCGACGACUUCGUGGAGAGUAUGAAGCAGCCGGUGCUGCUGGCCAUGUUCAGCAAGACGGGCAGCCUGGACGCCGCCCAGGCACUGCAGAACCUGGCCCUCAUGCGGCCCGAGCUCGUCAUACCGCCGGUGCUGGAGAAGACGUACCCCGCCAUGGAGACUCUGAUCGAGCCGCACCAGCUGACGGCCACCCUCAGCUGCAUGAUCUGCGUGGCCCGUAGCCUGGUGUCCGUGGGCGGGCGCUUCCCCGAGGGCCCCACCCACAUGCUGCCCCUGCUCAUGAGGGCACUGCCAGGGGUGGACCCCAACGACUUCAGCAAGUGCAUGAUAACAUUCCAGCUCAUAGCCACGUUCGCUACCCUGGUGCCUUUGGUGGACUGCUCCUCCGCGGUGCACGAGCGGGAGGACCUCACACAGGUGGAGAAAGAGAUGUGCUCCGCCUCGGCAGAGUUUGAAGACUUCGUCCUACAGUUCAUGGACAGAUGUUUCGCCCUGAUUGACAGCAGCUCUCCCGACCUCACGAGAGAGGAGAUGGAGACGGAGAAGAUGACCCACCUGGAGAGUCUGGUGGAGCUGGGUCUCUCCUCGACCUUCAGCACCAUCCUCACACAGUGCUCCAUGGAGAUCUUCCAGGUGGCUCUGGAGAAGGUGUUCAACUUCGCCACGACCAACAUCUUCGAGACGCACGUGUCCGGGAGGAUGGUGGCCGACAUGUGCAGAGCUGCUACCAAGUGUCACCCAGAGGAGUCCCUGAAGCUCUUCGUGCCACACUGUUGUAAUGCCAUAACCCAAAGCACAGCCAAUGAGGAGGUGCAGAAGGAGGAGGAGCUUGAUAAGGAGCUGCUGUGGAACCUUCAACUCCUGUCUGAGGUGACCCGUCUGGACGGCGACAAGCUGCUGCCUUACAGCGCCCAGCUGGUGCGGACCCUGCGGCAGACGCUGCACCUGAAGUGCAAGCAGGGCUACAGCCUGGCGUCCAACCUCCUGUACCACUGCCUGCGCUCCACCGCCCUGAUCUACCCCGUUGAGUACUGCAGCGUCCCCGGCGGCUUCCAGAAACCUCUCUCCGAAUACCUGCCCAUCAAGGACUGGGGUCGCCCGGGUGACCUGUUGAACUUGGGCAUCCAGUGGCACGUGCCCAACGCGGACGAGCGGGCGUUCGUCUUCGAGGUUCUGGACCUGCUGCUGAAGCCCGAGCUCCAGCGUCUGGAGAGCUACGCCCAGGGAGAGCAGGGGAUGAGCAGGGACGAUGUCCUGCAGAGUCUGUCCAUCGUGCAGCACUGCCUCCUGGGAGCCGGAGCCCUCCUUCCCCCCUUGGUUGGAGAGCCUGUACCCGAGCUGGUCCGCAGCGUGGUGGAUCUAGACGAAACCAGAUUGUACACGGGAGUGGAGUAUGACAUGUCCAGAGAGAACUACAGGGAGGUCAUCUGCAGGGUCACGAGGCAGCUGUUGAAGCACAUCCUGGAGCACUCGGAAGACGACACCAAGUCCCUGUUUGCCAUCAUCAAGAUCAUCAGUGACCUGCUGCAGUUCAAAGGCACACACAAGCACGAGUUUGACUCGCGGUGGAAGAGCUUUGCACUGGUUAAGAAAGCCAUGGAGAAUCGGCUCUACGGCAGCAAGCGGCACAUCCGCGCUCUGCUCAUCGACAGGGUCAUGCUGCAGCACGAGCUGCGCAACCUGACAGUGGAGGGCUGCCAAUAUAGGAGUGUUCAUCAGGACCUGCUCCGAGAUCUGCUGAGGCUGUCAACUAGCACCUACAGCCAAGUGCGCAGUAAAGCCCAGAACGUGCUGUUCAAUGCGCUGGGCACCUACAACUUCUGCUGCCGCGACCUCAUCCCCAAAGUGCUGGAGCUGCUGGAGCCGGGGCGCACCGACAUCACCAAGCAGCAGUUCAAGGGUGCGAUGUACUGUCUGCUGGGGAACCACCUGGGCGUGAGUCUGGCCAACCUGCAGUACUGGGACUGCAUCGGCCUCAGCUGGCCCGCCAUCGUGCGCUCGGGACUCAGCACCGCCAUGUCCCUGGAGAAGCCGUCGAUCAUGCGCCUCUUCGACGACAUCGCCGACAAGAUCCACCGCCAGUACGAGACCAUCGGCAUCGACUUCUCCAUCCCCGAGAGCUGUUGUAGCGUGGCUCUGCGGAUCAUGACCUCAGCGCGCCUGGCGACCAGUCGGCCCCUCCCCUCGGAGCAGGAGCAACAGCAGGGGAUCCUCCAGCAAGAGGAGAAGAACCGAGAAGCACUAGGAAAAUACCAGCAGUUGGUCCAUGCUCUUCUGGACUGUGUGAACAACAGAGACCUGCCCUGGAAGUUUGAGCACAUCGCCAUCGGCUUCCUGUCGCUGCUGCUGAGGGACGAUCACCCGCUCCCCACGCCUGCAGUCCUCUUCUUCGUCAAGAGCCUCAACCACGACUCCCUUCUCGUGCGGAAGGUGGCGAUCUCAGCAGUGGCUGGUAUCAUGAAGCAGCUGAAGAAACCCCAUAAGAAAGUGCCCAUCAGUCCCCAGAAGCUAUGCGGAGAGUCUGUGUCCAAUGAGAUCAUCGCCGGCGACCGGCCAGACAACCAGUGGCUCCUGUACGACAGCAGCCGCCUGCCGCGCACCCAGCAGGCCUGGGAGGAGUGCUGCUUCGUGGAGAAGACCCACUGGGGAUACUACACCUGGCCACGGAAGCUCAUGGUGUACGCGCCUGCGGAGGAGCAGCCCAAACAAAGCCUUAACAGAGAGGACAUGGAUGAGCGGGAGCAGAUCAUCUAUGACCACUUCUCCGACCCCGUGUUCAUCAACCAGCUCAUCCAGUUCCUGUCUCUCGAGGACCGCAAGGGCAAAGACAAGUUCAGCCCCCGCCGCUUCUGCCUCUUUAAGGGACUCUUCCGGAACUUUGGCGACGCCUUCCUGCCUGUGCUGCAGCCCCACAUGGAGCGUCUGGUGGCCGACUCCCACGAGAGCCCCCAGCGCUGCGUGGCCGAGAUCAUCUCCGGCCUCAUCAGAGGCAGCAAACACUGGAGCUACAGCCAGGUGGAGAAGCUGUGGGCUUUGCUGUGCCCGAUGCUGCGCAAAGCUUUAUCCAACAUCACCGUGGAAACCUACGGAGACUGGGGCACCUGCAUCGCCACGGCCUGCGAGAGCAGAGACCCGCGGAAGCUUCACUGGCUGUUUGAGAUGCUGAUGGAGUCGCCGGUGAACGGAGAGGGAGGCUCUUUUGUGGACGCCUGCCGUUUGUACGUGCUUCAGGGAGGGCUCGCCCAGCAGGAGUGGAGAGUUCCGGAACUCUUACACCGGCUGCUGCAGUACCUGGAGCCCAAACUCACGCAGGUCUACAAGAACGUGAGGGAGAGGAUCGGCAGUGUGCUCACCUACAUCUUCAUGAUCGACGUCAACCUGCCCCACAUCCAGCCCACGGCGUCCCCGCGCAUCUCGGAGUUCACCGAGCGCAUCCUGGUCCGCCUGCGGCCGCUGAUGGAGGGCGACGAGGAGAUCCAGAACCACGUGAUCGAGGGCGGCAGCGAGGAGGAGCAGGACGAGCGCACGCAGGCCAUCAAACUCCUCAAGACGGUGCUGAAGUGGCUGAUGACCAGUGCGGGGCGCUGUUUCUCCUCGGCCACCCCUGAGCAGCUGCAGCUGCUGCCUCUCCUCUUCAAAAUCGCUCCGGUGGAGAACGAUGACAGUUAUGACGAGAUGAAGCAGGAUGCAAAGACGUGCCUGACGCUCAUGUCCCAGGGCCUGCUCUACCCCGAGGAGAUCCCCCAGGUGCUCUGCGUCCUGCAGGAGAUCGCGGGCAUCAGUUCGUGGCACGCACGCUACACGGUGCUCACCUACCUGCAGAUCAUGGUGUUCCACAACCUGUUCACCUUCAUGAGUGACAGGAAGGCCGUCGGUCACGUGCGCGCGCUAGUCAUCCGCCUGCUGGAGGACGAACAGCUAGAGGUCAGAGAGAUGGCGGCCACCACCCUCAGUGGCUUCCUGCAGUGCAGCUUCCUGAGCAUGGACGCCGAGAUGCAGGCUCACUUCGAGGCUCUCUGCAAGACUCGGGUGCCCAAGCGGAAGAGGAGGGAGCUGGGCUCAGCGGUCGACACCAUCCCCUCUGCUGACUUGGUACAUCGGCAUGCGGGUGUUCUGGGGCUGAGCGCCUGCAUCCUCUCCAGCCCGUACGACGUCCCCACCUGGAUGCCCCAGCUGCUCAUGGACCUCAGCGUCCACCUGAACGACACGCAGCCCAUAGAGAUGACCGUGAAGAAGACGUUGUCCAACUUCCGUCGGACGCACCACGACAACUGGCAGGAGCACAAGCAGCAGUUCACCGACGACCAGCUGGUGGUGCUGACGGACCUCCUGGUCUCUCCGUGUUACUACGCAUAGAUGCUGAGGUGAGCUGGACCUCCUGGUCUCUCCGUGUUACUACGCAUAGAUGCUGAGAAUGUGACAACUUUGAAUUAAGAUAUAUAUUUUUUUGUAAUGGAUUCUCCACAAUCAACUGAAGAGGGGUCUGGAGUCGACCACACGUGUCGUUUGCCUCUGCCUCUGCCUCUGCGUCUGCGUCUGCGUCUGCUCAGACUGCCUGCUGAGAGACCACCCCAGCUGGUCAUGUGUGAAGAGACCACCCCAGCAGCCGUGAUGCAGAGCUGCUCGGUCGUGUGUGGAGAGACCCUUACCGGUUGCUUCAAACGCGCGACAGAAGGAUGAUCUGAAUGUUUCCAUACCCUAGCAAUAAAUUAUUAUUUUUUUCUAUAUACUUAAUAUUUAAGGUUUAUGCAAAGCAGGGGCGCAAGACCUGCAUUAUGUAAUAGGCUGUACAGGUCUGUGUGUGUGUGUGUGUUUGUGUGUGUGUGUGUGUGUGUGUGGUAAUAUGCUGUACAGGUUUUCUUUCUUGAACUGCUUUUGUGUAUUAGUGUGCGUGAUUUGUGUUUGGGUGUGUGUGUGUGUGUAUAUGUGAGUGAUUUUGAGUGUGUGUGUUAAUGUGAGUGAUUUUGAGUGUGUGUGGGUGUGUGUGAUUUAUGUUUGGGUGUGUGUGUGUAUAUGUGAGUGAUUUUGAGUGUGUGUGGGUGUGUGUGUACACGGCUGUGUGCACGGCAGUGAACUGUCAGUAGAUCCAACAUACAUACAUGGAGUACUUGAGCCAACUAUUUUGCACAGUGUUUUACAAAGACCUCACUGCAGACAUUGAAUUUGUGGGCAUCUUCAAGUUGUUGACAUGUUUGUAUCAAUGCAUUAGUGUGCAAACAUUUGACUACACUGUGUUACAUGUGUAUACAUUAGAAACGCACAAUUACAGUAUUUAUUUAUUGAUAUAAGGUGCAAUAUUAUGAAGAACUGCUAGUUCUGUUUUUAUUUUACAAUUUUUUUUAGUUUUGAAGAUGAUGUCCUGGUUUUAGUUUUAGCGAGUGGUUUUAAGUAGACUCGGCAUGAGCUGCAUGCUGUAGAGAGGGCGGUCGAAAAGCAUGCCACCUCUUCGUGGGAUUAGAAAUGUUUUUCUAAAAAAAAAAGGAUUUGCAAAUGUAUGGGCAUACCACACCAUUUCCCAGAUCAGUCCUACUGACCUUCCUAAUACACUCAGCUAUUUAAGAUGUUUUUUUUUUUGUUGUUGUUGUUUUUUUUUUUACCAUAGUGAGAUUACUUGAUUUCCUGUUUGAGACUUGCAGAAAACACACAAAAGUGUUUUAGUUUAGUAUCCUACAAGCGCAUAUAGCAUAGUGCCAAAACCACAGUUUUGGAGGUUUUGUUUGUUUUAAUCUCUUUAGAAACCCUUAUUGCUAUUAUUUAAAUGAACACCAAUGACAAAUGUGUUUUUUAAUAAAGUACUGUAUGGCAAA